CAGCCAAAAAUGAGCUGGGUUCCCGUAGCAUAGCAGACCAGCGCGCCAGCGGAACGCGAAAACCCCGGGCCCCAAUCGCAAUCCCCUUUCCCCUCGCCGCCGCCGCCGCCGCCUCGUCGUCCACCUUUUCCCACACCUCCCACCCGCCGAUUCACCCCGCUCGCGCCUUCCCCCCGCACCCCCAAUCCCCUCGCGCCGCAGGGAGGAGGAGGCGGGGGUCGCGGCGGAGAAGAUUCCCUCCGAUUCCUCCGCUCCCAAGCCUUCCGAUCCGCUCAUGAUGGCUCUGCAGCAGCAGCAGCAGCACGCGGGGUCGGCGUCCGGGUCGGCGUCGGCGUCGAGCUCCAGCUCGGGGCUGCACCCGCUCGCCUCGCCCUCGUCCUUCGCGGACACCACCCACACCAAGGUCUUCGUCGGCGGGCUCGCCUGGGAGACCAACAGCGACAGGCUCCGCCGCUUUUACGAGCGCUUCGGGGACAUCCUCGAGGCCGUCGUCAUCACCGACCGCCACUCUGGCCGCUCCAAGGGAUACGGAUUCGUGACAUUCCGUGAACCCGAUUCGGCGAGGAAGGCCUGCGAGGACCCGACGCCGGUGAUCGACGGCAGGCGCGCUAAUUGUAACCUGGCGUCGCUUGGUCGAGCCCAGCAUCCCGUGCCCCUUGGGCGGCCGAGAUCAGCUGGGUCCUAUUUUGGUGUCUCAGUUCCAAGGGGCUUUUAUUUAGGGGGUUAUGGCCAGCACCGACCACUUCCACUUGGGUACUACCAAGGUUUCCCAGUUCCCCAGUACAGUUACACUUCAUAUGGGACCGAAUACAUCUAUCCACAGGGUACAUUAAACCCAUACACCGGUCAGCAAUAUAUUCCGAUUUAUGGAGUCUCAGCUGCAGCAAAUGCAACCAACCAACCAUUUAGCCAGUUGAGCCCGUCCAUUUCUGGUGGGGGCAAUGGCUAUUUGUCGGUUCAUGGUUACAACAUGCCUGGCAAUCAAUAUGUGCAGCUCACUGGAUCGAACUUCAGCAAUGCAUCACCAACAGCUCGGCCUUCCAUUCAGACUCCCUUUUUAGUAGCAGCACCUAUUCCUGCACACCCACAACUAAUGAUUCCAGCCCACUCACCUCAGUUUACACAAGCUAGUGGUUCUGACCAAAGAGCAAGCUGAACUGUGCACCCAAGCAUUUGUACCUUGAGGUACCCUUAGAUUGCAGCAGGACUAAAAAGAGCAGUGUUGCUGUAUUCGCAGCAUAUGCUCUUACCUGGCAAGAACUCAUCCUUGCAUUCAUAAGGUUGUCGUUAUCAUGGUCAACAGAUGUACCUGGAAAUCAUGAGGUUGUCCCUGUGGAUGGGGCAAAUGGUCCAAGAGCAACGGUUGCUCUUGCAGUUUCGCUCGGUUUAAAUCCUAUGUCCCAAUGUGUCUGAUCGUGAUGGAGCAUGAAGCAACAGAUGCAGCCUUGUUGAUCCUGUAUCUGACGUUUCAUGAAGACAUAGAGAAUGCUGGAAUGGAGUCCAGCAUCUGUAAGAUGGAUUAAUCCAUUGGGGAUUAGCCAUCUUGGCCUUCAGAUGAUUGUUCAUCUGAAAUAAUCAUCAGGUUUGUGUGUGGUCUUAUCAUGUCCCAAGUCACCGUGCCCUUGCCCAAGAAGUGUAUCUAGUCCCGCACCAGUCUGCAGCCAUCAUCGUGUUGUCUGCAUUCACCAGACUUUGGAGCUAACUCUGGAGGACCUAGUUGUGGUGCUUUCCUGAGGCCUCUCUCCGCUCCGCUUGUUUACCCAACUUGUAGUCAGUGAUGCUCGUUCGUCUGUACCGAAUUUCUAGUGUUGCAUGUCCCAAAAGGUCAGGAGGUGUGGUUUAGUUAUGUAGUGCUCUGUGCUUGGUGGUUCGAGUACAGAGCUCCCCUUCUCGUACUUCCAAAAUAAAGCCAUCGGAUGAUAGUCCCAUGAUGUUGGCGCAAUUGAUGUGUGCUAAAGUGUUAAUGUGUACUCUCUUAUUCCUUUUGAUUAAGCAAUAGUAAACUGCUAAUAUCAAUGCAGCAGGGUUCGUGUA